CGUUUCUCUAACGCAAUCAUAAUUGAAUAACGCGUGGUUAUUCAUCUAAAGCAGCAACGUAAAUGAUGGCUUCAUCCGAACACUACAAAUUAGAUAAUGGGGACAGUUAUUGUUCAAAUUGUUUCCCCAUCCGAUCAUUCUUUCAUCAGAGAAGAGAAGGAGUUGGCCAUUGGCUUGUGGCGCACAGAAAUUCAGUGGAACACAAAUACAGGAGAGGUCAGGUGAAAACGGAGGGACACAAGUUCUCAAACUCUGAUGUGUCUGAGGGCAAACAAGUAAAAAAUAUCCCUGGCAAUACACUGGAUGGCAACUUACUGAUGAAGUUGCAUUGUGUGGACCAGCCAUCUGAUCUGUGCUCAGUAGACAUCAGUGAACAGAGGCUGAACUCUGUCAAGACUGAAGAUUUAGUGGAUUUUGACAAUGUUGCAUAUGUCAAUGCAUCUGACAACUCUCUUCCAAUAGAGCCAUUCAGCAAAUUCUCCUCCUUGAGGGAGCUUGAGCUGUCCUUGAAUAGUCUCUGCAACAUAACAUUCAAUCCUGAUGGCUUCCCUCACUUGGAGGUUCUGGAUUUGUCCUUCAACAACCUGUCGGUUGAUGACAUCAUGUCCAUUGGUUUACUCCCCUGUCUGAAAGCCCUUCAUCUAACUCACAAUCAGCUCCAGGCUCUUCCUCCCAACCUGGCAGCCCCACACAAAGGCCCCUCACAGUCUGUGGAGGAUGCUGGGACACGGUUCAGAGCUCUUGAGCUGCUCUCGCUAGAUGACAAUAAACUCUCCUCUGGAGUAUUCAGCAGCGUUGCCAACUUGAAAAGACUGCAGUAUUUAAACCUGCAAGGAAACUAUAUCUCCGACAUACCAUACAUGCAACAGACAGGGCGUCUGCAGCACUUGCCCACUGAGAACAAGCGGCCUAAUGAUUCAAAACAAAGUUGUAAGGAAAUAAAGAAUGACUCAGGGGAGUCCAGAGUACCGCACAAUUCCCAAAGUCCAAUUUCCCCUGACACUGUGAAAAGAAAGGAAUCGUCUGGAGCAUUCACUUUGCCACUGCCAGAGCUUCGCUUCCUCAACCUAGCCAACAAUAAGAUAUUUGAGGAAGAAGGGCUGUUGGCCGUCGCUCUGUUCCCUAUGCUGAACGAGCUUGUGAUUCACUCCAAUCCACUCACCAUGGAGAGAAGUGGUGACCCUCCUGUGCUGACCUACUUCCUCCAGGAGAGGCUGGGUAUCAGAAUAGUCCGGAAGAAGACACCUGAAGUGGUGAAACCUCCUUUGAUGAUAUCAGCUGACUCUAAACGAAAGGUCAAGACAAAAAUCCGAAAGGUACCAAAGGCGUCUAUACUGAUGACAACUCCUACUCUAUUUGAUAACCCUGUACUAGAAAUGGGACUGGAACAUAAGGAACUCUGUAUGAGUCCUGGCUCACUGGAGAGACAGUCCACAUUGAGUUCUGGCCCACAAACCAAGUUAGAGGAGAAGAAAGAGGGGUCAGUUACUAGAUGCUCUGAUGUUAUGGAUGCUGGAGUGGAAUCAGCUAAUGAUCCAUUCCGAGAUAGAGACUCAUUCUUUGUUACCCAGGUAACUAAUUUACCUGAUUCAAACAAACUUCUACUGGACAUGACAGAGGAUCUCAAAGAGAUUGAGAAAAAAGAUUGCAUUGGCAUUCCAGAGAAAUUGAAAGGCUAUGAAUUAUUGUGGGAUGCAAAACCAGAUCCUGAUAUGGUGGAGCCUGUUGGAAUUCAAUUUGCUGUCAGGAUGUUAGAACACACACUCAAGAAUCUCCUUGUCUACAGAGAUUCCCAACCUAAACUUGACUGCCUUCAAACACCAUUCACAGAAAAAGAGAAAAAGAUUGGAAAGCUACCAACGCCAAGACCAAGAAAGCUCAAAGGGGAAAGAUUUCAGGAGAUGCUCCAAGAAAUGAAAGACAGGAAAACAAUCACUAAAAUCCACUUAAACAGUGUUUUAGAAGAAAAAGAUGUCUACAAGGAGGAGUAUGAAGAGGCUUUGACAUUACUAAGGGAUAUGAAGAAAAAAUACAAGAUGGUUCAUGUGAAAACAGUAGAACAAGCGACACACAUUGAGUCUGAGACAAACAACCAGAUGUCUCAAAUUGAAAACUGA